AUGCUCUCGCGUGUUGCUGCGGUGACGGCACCCCGCACACACGACCGUCGCCGCGUGACCGGAUCCAGCGGAAGGAGGAGGGAAGGAAGAGAGUGUGAGCCGCAGAGGCCCAACAUGUCCCGGCGUGUGUUUGCUUCCGCGGUGCUGCUUCUUCUUUUCGUGAUGACGUGCUGUGGGAUUGGUGGAACUGCUUCUGCUGGGGAGGGCAAUGUAAAGAAAGCAGUUGAUGCAUUGAGGGGGAUCAGAUGGGAAAAGCUUGACAACUGGGAGGAUGUUUCUGACGCUGGUGGUAAGUAUGGCUCGAUUCGUGGUCCCAGUCUCGUUGAGGUGCAGGGUCAUGUAUUUGCUAUUGCUGAAGCCCAUUGCAAGGAUGGAGGCAAGUGCAGCAAAUUCAGCUUUACUGGGAUUGCGUCAAAGUACCUUGGUUUAAAUGUUGAUGCUGGUCCAACCGAGAUCUCGACGUCGGAUCCAGUUGUCUUUGGCGCAGAUCCUCUAAAGGAAGGGUCUGAGGGCCUCCACACCACGAACGGCAUAAAGCGACCAACGACACUUGUAAUUGAGGACAGUGUUUACGUGCUCCUUGGAAACUACAGCCAUACAAAGCCGCAGGUUGAAGGUAAGAAUGAGCCAGGCCUUUUACUCGUGAAGGGAACUCUCGCUGAUGAGGGUGGGACCAAGAAAAUCAAAUGGAAUGAGACCCAUGUGGUGAACCCUCAAGGAAAAAGAGAAUCUGUUUCCUUGACCGAGUUAAUUGGCGGUGGAGGAUCGGGUGCUGUGAUGCGUGACGGCACGAUUGUUUUUCCCAUGCAGGCCAAAAACAGUGAUGAGGAGCGCGCUUUACUGUCCAUGAGUUUUAACCCGUCAGACAAAAAAUGGGAGCUUUCAUACACGGCGACUGGUAAGGGCUGCAGGGAUCCAACCCUGGUGAAGUGGAAAGAAAACAAAUACGGCGAGGAACUCUUCAUGAUGGCUCAUUGUGCUGGAGGCUACUAUGACGUUUACAGUUCCACCUCGGAUGGAGUCAAUUGGAAUACUUUGGGUGAGCCAAUUAACCGCGUGUGGGGCAGCUCACACAAUCGAAAGGGGCACGGUGUCCAGAGUGGAUCCACCACCGCAAUCAUUGAGGAAAAGGAGGUGAUGCUCAUCACCGCGCCGGUGUAUGCGAAGGACAAUGAAGGUGGAAAAGGUCGGCUUCAUCUUUGGGUGACGGACAAGGCGCGUGUGUAUGAUGUUGGGCCGAUAUCCCGUGAGGAUGAUGACGCUGCCGCGAGCUCCCUGUUGAUGAAGAGUGGGAAUGAAAAGUUGAUCUCAGUGUACGAGAACAAGAAGGGUGAUGACGGGUCAUACAGUCUUGUCGCCGUGAGCCUGGGGAAGCAGCUGGAGCGGAUAAAGGAAGUGGUGAAGACGUGGAAGGAUUUGGACAGCGCCUUGCAAUCAUGCCGUUCCGGUUCCAGAGGCACUGUUGACUUGCCAACGAAGGGUACGUGCAAUGGUCCUGUUCCCACUGACGAGCUUGUUGGCUUCUUGUCCGGUAACUUCUCUGAAAACACAUGGAGGGACGAGUACCUCGGCGUGAAUGCAACAGUGACGAAUGGGGAGAGAAGGGUUCCCAAUGGAUUGACGUUCAGAGGACCCGGAGCAGGGGCGGUGUGGCCUGUUGGCGACAUGGGGCAGACUGUGCCGUACUACUUUGCGAACAACAAGUUCACUCUUGUGGCGACGGUGUCCAUCCACGAGGUGCCGCAGAGUAGCAGCAUCCCUUUGAUGGGUGUGAGAAUGAAUGACACCGACGGCACGGUGCUCUUUGGUCUGUCGUACACCCACGAAAGAAAGUGGGGGUUCACACCUCAUAAUGAAGCUUCCGAAGGCUAUGAAGAUUUUGAAGAUGAUGAUGAUGAGUGGGAGCCAAACAAGACAUAUCAGGUGGUACUGCGAAUGGAUUAUUAUGAAUGGACUGUCUUUGUAGACGGAGAGGAAAUCCACAACACGGAAUACAAUACGAGUCUGUUUGACUUGCACAGGAUUUCACACUUUUACAUCGGUGGGGACAGUAAGCACCAAAGUGCAACGGGUGGCCACGUGACGGUGACCAACGUCAUGCUGUACAACGAGGAACUGUCUGAAGAUGAUCUGGAUGAACUCCCAGACAGCAAAGUCACUAUUCCAUCACUGGGUGUUGAGAAACAGUCCACAGGACAGGUGGCCGGGACAGACGCUUCGGUUGCUUCCGAGUCAAGGAGUGAAGAAAGCGCCACCAGCCAUGAGAAAUUGACUGAGGAUGAUACUGAUAAACAAGAGGAAGAAAGCGUCCAUAAUCCAGUGCCUGCAGCGCCCCCUUCCACGGUUGCCGCGGGAUCAUCUGUUCCUAAACCCGCCACCGCAGCGGAGAUCGCAGGGAAUUCUCUUCCAGAGGACAAUGCCCAGCUUUCCGAAGGCAGAACGGCCCAGCAAGCCACGCCGAAUGAAGGCAAUGAAUCGAUGCAGCGGGGUUCAGAUGUGCAGACACAAGACCUACAGGCAGAGGAAUUAACGGAGUUCAAUGAUGUCAAAGGAUCCUCUGAAAGUAAUGAUACAGAACAACCAGAGGAGGAGGGAGAGGCAAAUGACAGGAGUAGCGGAACAACGUCCUCAGUGGCUGUAUCGUCGGAUAUGGACACGGUUGCUGCACCAGCUGACGGUGAGCACCAAGUGCAACAAAGCGUUGAGCUUUCCGCUGAAAACAAAAACGUGCAGUCCACUGGAACCAGAACCACCGGCAUGGAGCAAAGUUUCAGCCUCGAGGCGAGGGACAGAAGUUCCGAGAGAACAAUGAACUCAGACAGCAGCCUCACUCCUUCAAAGACUGACGCCGAAACAACAUCCGCGGAGAACACCGACGACAUCUCUCGGACUGAAGGAGAAGAAUCUUCUUCUGAAGACGUCAAGGAAGUGCCACAGACGGUCGACACCGCAUCGGGCAACACAAACACCACGCCUGGGGAGACCAAGAUCCCAUCGGGGUCCAACGCAACAAUACCCUCGGACACUGGCAUUUUGCUUGAGCACGCGCAUUUGGGCGAGUUGUCGGCCAUGGCUCUAUUUGCUGAGAGCACCGUGCAUGGGUGUGUGUCUCGGGUGCUGUUGCUGCUGCUUCUGGGGCUGUGGGGCAUUGCGGCUCUUUGUUGA